GAGCUUUGAACAAUUGCAUAUAAUCUUGAAAACUAAAUUUUGUGGGUCCUCCCGGCCGAUCUAGUCGUCUGUUAGCUGUUUGCCACUUGUAAAAUGGUACAACCAAUCUGUGAUGUGGAGACCCUUUGGAAAUUUGAUGAGAAAACUGCGAACGUUGAAGCAGCUAGGCGAUUGACUAAUUAUAGAGACAAGAUCGCUGAAGGAAAGCCAGAGAUACUUGUAUGUCAUGACAUGAAAGGAGGCUAUCUCGAAGAGGAAAGUGAUGAAGGAAUUAUGGUGCGAGAUGGUUGUCCGAAUCCAUACGUAUUUUUGAACUGGUGGAAUAUAGAUGUAUUUUGCUAUUUUUCUCACUGCUUCGUCACUAUACCGCCUACCAGUUACACAAACUUAGGGCACGAACACGGUUGCCUUGUUCUGGGUACUUUCAUCACCGAAGGCAAAGAGUUGUGUGCAAGGGUUCUCGCCUCGGAGGAAACAGUGUUGCUAACGGUAGAUCGGCUUGUUUCUAUCGCACGUGCUUAUAACUUUGAUGGCUGGCUGAUCAACAUAGAAAAUAGAGUGCUGGUCGAACAUAGAGAAAAUCUGAAGUUGUUCCUGCGUCUGUUGACGGAUUACAUGCGAGAGGCCGUAGAACACUCUCGUGUGAUCUGGUACGAUUCUGUAAUUGCAUCGGGUAGGUUGCACUGGCAAAACCAGCUCAAUGAGUUGAAUAAAAUUUGGUACGAAAACUGCGAUGGAAUAUAUUUAAACUAUGGUUGGGGUGACGAAGAGCUACUGAAUAGUGCUGAUCAUGGAAAAAUCCACAGGAUCUAUGUAGGAAUCGAUGUUUUUGCAAGAGGAUGCAUCGGUGGCUGGGACUGCUACAGAUCAUUCGCAAAAGCGAAUUUGAUGCGAAUGUCUAUCGCAUUGUUUGCACCUGGGUGGGUCUGUGAAAAAUUUCCUGAUGCAGAUCCGAUAGAGCAUGGUUUGAAAUUUUGGAAGAAGCUCACUCUAUAUGCUCCUCCUCGUCCAAUCCUUGAACUACCCAUAAAUACCAAUUUUUGCGCUGGAUUCACCAAUGAAACGGAUGGAUGCAGAUUUCGCCUAAGUUCCAUCUCGCUGCAGCCUCAUUUUACACGAUUAGAGCAACCUACUCCUUUGGGAACUGGAGGAGUCCUUUUGAAAAAGGGAACUUCCACAAGAAUAUUCUGUUUCGAUGUUCAUUGCUCGGGAUGUCGAAUAACAAUUCAUGCAAACCGACAACUUGAAGUUGUAGUGAAUGAUUGUGUAGUGAAUGCAACAAGAGAUCAAAAUAAGUUCAUUGCAAUUAUCAACCGCGUUUUCCAACUCCGCUCUCUUGAUAUUCGCAUCGAUGACGAGGCGGAUUGUCAGCUCAGUGACAUAACCGUUGAAGAAAUUUCUAAGGAAAAUGAAAUAAAGAUGACUUGA